UCUUGUUCGAAGAGGAAAAGCUGAAACAGCCAGUAGUAGUCUGAGUGUAGAUGAGCAACCACGGCAAUGUUUUUAAACGUUGUUUAGAUGAAAUCAAUGGUGAAGAAGUUGAAGCAGAGUCUGAGAUCUGAAUCGUUCGAGAGAAGGAAGGAAAAAGAAAAGAGCAGUCAGGAAGAAAGAUGGUUCUUGGACAACGGAAGCAUCUUCUUGAAAGAACUUAUCGCUGAUUGUAAUGGUAAAUCUAUUCCUAUACGCAGCUUUACUUCUUCCGAGAUCUUAAGAGCUACCAAUGACUUCGAUUCCAGCUCUUUUGUAACAGCAGAAGGAUUCUACGUAUGGUACAAAGGUAUCAUCGAAGAUAGAUCUUACAUGAUCAAAAGAUUCUCCGAGUACAAUGUUACUCAUUACAGAGUAGCUGAGGUUUACAACGAGAUUGUCUUGUCUGCUCGGAUGAGCAACCACAACAACUUUUUAAAGCUAUUAGGAAUAAGUCUCGAGUUUAGUCUCCCUGUUCUUGUGUUUGAAUACGCAGAACAUGGAGUUUUGAAUCAUAGAGGAGGUGUUACGGUUAACGGUGAAGAAUCUUUCUUGCCUUUGGGUUUAAGGUUGAAGAUUGGAAAAGAGAUUGCAAAUGCUGCAACUUAUCUUCACAUGGCGUUCCCUAAGAUCCUCAUACAUAGACACAUUAAGCCAAGGAAUGUUUUCUUGGACAAGAACUGGAAUGCAAAGUUGUCUGAUUUCUCAAUCUCCAUAAACCUCCCUGAGGGAAAAUCAAGAAUUGAAGUUGAUUGCGUUCAAGGAACAGUCGGGUACCUCGAUCCAAUAUAUUAUACUACGAAAGUUGUGACGGAGUAUACCGAUGUGUACAGCUUUGGAGUCUUCUUGAUGGUUAUUCUCACUGGUAAACAAGCUCUCGCAUCCAGUAGAUAUGAUGGGGACUACAAACAUAUUGGUAGCUACGUGAAAGGCUUUCAUGAGAAUGGGGAACUCGAUGGUGUAAUAGAUCCGAAGGUGAUGGAAGACAUUACAAGUGCUCAAAAAGAGCUUGUGGAUGCAUGUGUGGUUUUGGCGCUUAAAUGUUGCGAGGUGAGAGAUGAAAACAGACCGAAGAUGAUACAAAUAGCUAAAGAACUCAAGCAGAUUGAGUCAUUGUUUUUGAGAUACUAGCUAGAGCAAAUAGCUAAGUUUGAAAAACAUUUCUUAAAAUGUCAACGGUUUGAACAAAUAGUCUACUGGAAUUUGAAACCGCAAAAAGGUGUUGUAUACUUGCGCUGAGAUGAGAUUAAGUGAGACCAAAGAUGGUCCAAGUAGCUAAGGAACUCGUGCGGAUUGAGACAUCAAUGAAAGAUUCUAGCUAAAGACCUCUUCUGUGUUCUUGGACUGUGAAGUCAAAAGUUUGAAAAAAAAAUUUCUGAAGUAUUGAACUCAGAUUCGUCCAUAUAGCAAUAACUCAGAAAAGCUCGGAGAAACAUACUACUUGAACUUUGACCUUCUAUGAGAGUGUGUUUCUUAUUAGAAGAUUCAUAUCUGAGCAUUUAUGUAUCCCAUUUCUUAAUGUAAUUUCCUGUUAAAUAAAACUGGUUCUUGUUCCCAUGA